GUUUGGUGUGUGGGCAGUGGCGGCGGCGACAACCAGACACGCUACUACAUCAACAAGACGGUGGAUGGAAACACCCUGUCCACGGCGUUGAAAGGCCUGAUGGCUGGCGUGCUCUACCAGGUGGAGGUGGCGGCGGUGACCAGCGCCGGCGUCGGCACCCGCAGCCAGCCGGUGUCCGUCCUCAUCAAGCUGCCAGCUGAACAGCCCUCUGUGCCAGGCGGCGGGGGCGGAAGUGGCACCAGUGACAGCGGCGAGGAGAGCAGUGUGAGCCUGGCCGAGCAGAUCACAGAUGUGGUCAAGCAGCCGGCUUUCAUCGCAGGCAUCGGCGGCGCCUGCUGGGUCAUCCUCAUGGGCUUCAGCGUGUGGAUCUACUGCCGCCGUAAGAAGAGGAAGGAGCUGAGCCACUACACCGCCUCAUUCGCCUACACACCAGCAGUUGGUUUCCCGCACGGAGAAGGAGCAGGACUCAAUGGAAGACCCGGCGUGCUGGGAGGCAACAUGGGCAACUACCCAUGGCUGGCAGACUCUUGGCCCACCACCAACUUGGUCCACAGCGGUAAAGAGGCAGUCAACUGCUGCACCACCAAUCACGACACAGCUGAGAGAUACUACAACGGUAGGCUGCUGCUGCUUCAACAUGACAGUCUG